GUCACCGUGGUGACGAGAGGCGCUCUGACAAUCUCCACAACAACAACUACCACAACCACCACAGCAACAACUACGACUUGUAUAUCACUGCUGCUACUACCCUCUUGCAGGAUGGACGGUGCCGGACUGGGCUCCUGCGGCCACCGCCCUGCUGCGUCUAGCCGAGCCGCGGGCCUCACCGUGGCCAACUUUGCCGACUUCGGCGACUUUGUCCGCCUGAUGUUCGGCAACGUUGACGGCAUCGGCGAUUGCGACGGCGCCGACUGCAGCGACUCCGAGGGCGUCGCCUUCAGCGACAUCGUCGGCGACUUUGACGGCGUCACUUUCGGCGACAUCGACAGGAUUGGCGACGACGACUUCGACGAUGGUGGUGACAACGGUGGUGAUUGCGGUGACGACGGUGGUGAGGGUGGUGACGGUGAUGAGUGCGGUGAUGGUGGUGGUGGCGGUGGUGGUGACGAUGGUGGUGGUGACGACGGUGGUGGUGGUGACGAUGGUGGUGGUGGUGACGAUGGUGGUGAUGGUGGUGGUGGCGGUGGUGCCGGAUUGAAGGAGGCCUCUGACAGCUCCAUCCCCACAAUGCCGGAGCCGACGCGCAAACGGCAACACCAGAGCUCCGUCUCUGGGCAGCAGUAA